AUGAUUUGCAAUGCCAAGUUGAGCAAUUCUAGUCUAGCACCGGCAAAACUAAAGGAACACUUCCUAAAGCUGCAUGAUGGGAAAUACAAGAACACAACGCUCGCUGAAUUCAAGGUGAAGAGAGCCAGAUUCGAUGAAAAGGCUACUCUGCCUGUUCUCGGCUUCGUACCCAUCGACAAACCGAUCCUCACAGCAUCGUAUGAAGUUGCGUACCUGAUCGCAAAGCAGGGCAAACCACACACCAUUGGUGAAACACUCGUGAAACCAGCUGCGUUGAAGAUGGCGAAUAUCAUGCUGGGAAAAGCUGCUGAAGAUAAGUUAUCCCAAAUUCCUCUUUCAAAUGACACGAUCAGCAGCAGAAUAGACGACAUGAGCAAUGACAUCUUGGCUCAAGUAGUUGCAGAUCUGAUUUCAAGCCCAGCAAAAUUCAGCCUCCAACUCGAUGAGACCACCGACGUUUCCAAUCUCAGCCAGCUUGUUGUAUUUGUGCGCUAUAUGAAAGACGACGAGAUAAAGGAAGAUUUUUUAUUUUGUAAGCCUCUUACAACAACAACCAAGGCAGUCGAUGUGAAGAAACUCGUGGAUGACUUCUUCAGAGACAACAAUCUUUCGUGGAAUAUGGUUUCUGCAGUUUGUUCGGACGGCUCCAGCCAUGCUGGGACGACACUCUGGUUUUGGAGCGCUGGUGAAAUCCGAUGCACCACACAUCAUUGUUACACACUGUGUUCUGCACAGGCAUGCGUUGGCAACAAAAACCUUGCCUCCAAAACUGGCAGAAGUACUAAAAAUGUAGUUGAAUGUGUGAACUACGUGCAAAAUAGUGCUAUGAAGCACCGCAUCUUCAAAGAGCUCUGUCAGGAAAUGGGCUCUGAAUUCGAGGUACUUCUGUACCAUUCUAACGUUCGGUGGUUAUCCCGGGGAAAGGUGCUGAAUCGGGUUUUUGCCAUGCGUGUGGAAUUAGCCCUGUUUUUGCGAGAGCACCAACAUUGUCACAGAUUGCAAGAUUCUGAGUUCAUUCUCAUCUUGGCGUACAUCGCCGAUAUUUUCGAUGCUCUCAAUCAUCUCAAUCGACAGAUGCAGGGCGGUGGAGUCAACAUCAUCGAAGCGGAAGAAAACCUGAAUGCGUUUAAAAAAAAGCUACCUUUAUGGAAACGACGAACAGAGAAUGACAACUUUGCAAACUUUCCCCUGCUGGACGUGUCUGGAAUUGGAGACAUUUCUGUACCUGGGGAGCUGAAGCAAGCGAUUGCCAUGCACUUAGAUGUGCUCGCAAAGUCCCUCGACGGAUACUUCCCCACCACACAGUCAUAUCCAGCAUGGAUAAAAUUCAAACAUUGUCGAGUUUUCAGGGACAAAUGCAACCGAGUCUUUGCCCUGACAGACUAA